AUGCUAAACCAGAAAAUUAAGUUCAUACAAAGGUUAACAAGCAAAAAAGAAAAGAAAAAUGACGUCCUCUAUGUCCAGUGUGAAUACUGCAAGGGAGAAAUAUUGGAGAAAGAAAUUAAAAGAAAUUUUUUUCAACAUAAUAAGUACCUCAUAUGGACUGUUUUUAGGCAAAUAUUAGAGUGCCUAAGUUACCUGCACAAGAGGGACAUUUACUUGAAGAAUUUAACCACUCGAAAUAUGUUUGUGCAUGUGGAUCAGUACGGAAUUCAUAUAAAGAUUGUUAAUUACACUGCGUGUAAUUUGAUUGGUUAUAUUUAUUUUUACAGUUCUUCUUAUGAGCGCAACUGCUCCUACAUGGCUAAUUUUGUGAGAACCUUUUACGGCGCAGAGGAGAGGGGUGACAAGCGGCGUGACGACCCACAGGGGAGGGACGCCUCGGGAAGAAGCAGGAGACGCCACGAACCGGGGGAACAAACACUCCACGCACAGACAGCCAAGAAAAACACCAAGGCGGACAAAGGAGCAUCCAAAACACAGCGGGCACCACACACUCCGCAAGAAAAGGGUGAAAAGGAAAAGGGAGAGCAAGAAGCAAAGGGAGAGGGAGUAGAGGAAGAAGCAAAGUGGUCGUUCUUCUCCCACAUGAAAAGCCACAUGAGAAAGACGCUUCUGGAGGAUCAAAAGAAUCAUUCCACGAAGAGCGACACGACGCAGAAACCAAAGGAGCAGAAUGAAUUCUAUACACACACCUAUAAUCAACACCUAUACAAUUGUCUAGCUAAACACAAGUACAGCUACGAGGAAUUAGACUUGUUUUCUCUUGCACUAGUCCUGUACGAAAUGUUGCAUGUCCCCUUUAAGUCACCAAAGGAAAAAAUUAUAAACUUGAGGAACAUGAUUGUAAACAAAACGUUCCCAGGGGAUUUUGUGAAAAAUGCUGGUGAUGAUGGAGCUGUUAAAGUUUUGAAGUUUAUUUUAAUUAAUACUGUUAGCGGCUGCCUCGAGAAGGAGCCACUUGGGAGAUUGCAGUACCCGGACAUUUCAGAUCUGAGCGCGAAGACGGACGAUUGGAAGUGGAGUCCCCACCCCUCCGCCGGGGAUAGAAGCGGAGACAGAAGCGUAGACAGAAGCGUAGACAGAAGUGGCAACAAAAAUGGCGACAAAAAAGGAGACAACAAUCAGGCCCGGCUGGCCAGCCAAGGGAGAAAAAAAACAGAAAAAAAAAAUGCCAUCGCCGUAGGUAGUUACAGGAAGGCAGAAGGAAAAGAAAAGGAAGGAGGAGACGUACGUUUUAAAAGUGCCACCUGUACCACUGCAUGUGCUCCCCCUCCCGGCGGCCGCGCAGUCUCUGCCAACCCGGAUGCGGCAGACCUAUUGCUUAGCCACCCCAAUCAAUCCCUCAAAGGGAAAGUGGAGGCGGUGAAAAAAGAGGCAGCAAAAAAAGAGGAGGGCCAAAAAGAGACAGGCAAAACGGACGUGUCUACAAAGGACGGUGAAGGGAGACACGGAAUAUCGGCGGAGCAGCUCCUCAACUGCCCCCUCAUACCGAUGGUCAUCCAGAGGGACCUAUUUAAGUACUUUUUACAAAAAUUGAAAAUAAAUUCCCCGUUGGAGUGUAAAAACGUGUUAACAGUUUUGCUGAACAAGAAGAAGGAAGGAAAUGAGGAGAGACUCAUGGGGACAAAUAGAAACGUCAUGGCCUACACCAACGUCCGUACCUAUGAGUACGAUGUGGUCAGUAGCUACGUGUUUGAUCAUAUUAGCACUGUUUUGUUAAAAAAAAACACAACGCAUAAUCACGCCCUCGCCUUUCUGUUGCAUCCGGGAAGGGGAGGAGGUCCAUUAAUAGAACAAAACGUGGACAACAAUUUCGGGCAGAAAAUUGCCACCAAUUUUAUUAAAAGGAUGGAAGUGAAGAAGAGGAGAAGUGCGAGGGGGGGGAACAGGGUCUACUACUCCAAGUACGAGCGGGCGGGGGGUGCUAAGCAUGGCCAUGAUCAUGAUGGCGGCAAGCAUGGAGGCUAUCAACAUGGCGACGACCAGCAGAGCAGCGAACAGGAGGAUAUUCCAAUCGGUCUGCACGUGGACGCGCAGGAAAGGGGGGGAGGAGGACGCCCACCAAGCAACAGCCCCCCGUGGGAAACACAGAAAAAAACAGAGGGAGAAAAAAAUGGCCCAAUAUUAAACCGGUCAAAAAAAAGAAUUGUUUUCAUUGACAAAAAUAACAAGCUGCUUUACGUUCCAUUUUACCUGACCGAGUCAUACAUGAGUGCAAUUGCCCACGGCACCCAGGGGAAGAACUUUAGCAGCUCGUUUUUCCUUUCGCAAAACCACUUUCUGCAAAGCGGGCGGCAGGAGAUUGUGCGUCGGGAGAACAGCGUUUUGUACAGCAGCGUGGUGCGAGUGGACAAUCGGGGGGACCUCCACUUCGGGGUGAGCACUGUGGGCGGCACCAGGAAGGGUAGCGGCGCAAGGAAGCGUAGCAGUGCGAACCGUGUGAACAAUACCUGCGAGGCCGCCCCUGACGCGCACUGCUCCAACCACGGCAGUGAGAGCGAGGGCGGGGACCCUGCGCCUGGGCAUGAGACACACAUCAACCUGUCCUUCUGCGUGUACCAGCUCAUGACCCUACACAAUGUGCUAAGCAUACUGCACCGAUUCGAACACUACAUGGGAAAGCUUACCAUCAAGUGGUCCUGUACACAUAUGGUCAUGCAGAUCAUCCGUGACAUUUUAUUUAUUGACCAAGACGAAACAGCUAGAUUCAUUUUAACCCAAUUACGGCAGCCAAAUAUCAAGUACAAGCAUUUAAAAAAGCUAUUGUACUUUCUCAACAUAACCUACGACGACAGAGUUUUGAAAAAAUUAUUCUCGGUGGUAGUGGACACCUCAGACAACCUAAAGCAGAAGAUGCACAAGGUUAUAAAAAUGUAUUUUAUAUUAGACCAUCGGCACAAGAAUUCCAUUAGCUAUUUAGCUUCCACUAUCAUUUAUAUGGACAGUUUAUUUGAACACUUUAACACUUGCAAAAAUACAUUUGUGUGGGACUUGUUCAUGAACGAAUAUGAGCAAGUGUUUUUGUUUUCCUUCUCCUUUGCUAUUUACCCCGAGGUCGAUCAAGCUGCGCUGCUGUCCAUGGGAGGAGUUUCUACAGAAGCCUUUUCGCUUUCCUCCGAGCGCCCUCCCAGCGAGGCUACGUAUAAUUUUGUGUACGAGAUUUUCGUGGACACCAUCUCGGCGUUGAUACUCCAGAAAGUCCGGAAGAACAACUGCGCCAGCAUGCACAUCGACUUCCACUCGCCCAGCGUGGUCAUCACGACCAAGGCGUACAAGCUGCUCGUGUACGCCUUCUCCCUCUACAACAGCUUGAUUCAGAACGGCAUCAAGUGCGAGUGCAAAGUCUCCCCCCUUGUCGAGACGUCCAAAUUCGAGCAGGGCCUCCUCAAGUACAGCGACAUAAACAUACACGUACAGAUAACGCAAAAGGUAAACUCCAACACAUCGCUGAACAUAGAAGAUUACGAGGGAUCAGCCGAGACCAUCACUUCGAACAUAGUUGGAGAAGAAAACGUAAACAUCAUGUAUAGCACCCACAUCAUUCGCUUGAAUAUAAAAAAGAACUUUGAAAACGAGUCCUCCCUCAUCAACUAUAUAAAGCAGUUUUACGCGAAGCGCUGA